AUGCGUCCGAGCCCAGCACGUUUGCUCAACAUUCUCGUACCUGUAAAGAGGUCGAUUGACUAUGCGGUCAAGAUCCGGGUGAAUCAGGCGCAGACGGGGGUGGAGACAAACGUCAAGCAUUCGAUGAACCCAUUCGACGAGAUUGCGGUUGAAGAGGCGGUCCGACUACGUGAACGACUCAAAGAUGCAGUCAAAAACAUUACCGUUGUGACCAUUGGUCCGACAAAGGCUAGCGAAGUGUUGCGAACGGCAUUGGCAAUGGGCGCGGACAAGGCCAUACACGUCGAGAUUCCUGAAACACCUGGACCAGAACCAUUGGGAAUUGCAAAGGCAUUAAAAGAGGUGGUCGGACGGGAAAAGCCAGACCUCGUCAUUUUGGGCAAACAAGCGAUUGACGAUGAUGCGGGUCAGACGGGGCAGAUGCUUGCCGGACUGCUUGGUUGGUCCCAGGCGACAUUUGCAAGCAAGGUGGACGUGGAUGAGGUCAAAGGCGUGGUGACGGUGACUCGCGAGGUCGACGGCGGAUUGCAAAAGGUCGAAUGCAAACUGCCCACGAUUGUCACCACGGACCUGAGAUUAAACGAGCCACGCUACACGUCGCUACCAAACAUUAUGAAGGCGAAGAAGAAGCCUCUUGAGAAGCUCACACCACAGGAUCUCAAUGUUGAUCUCACGCCGCGAUUGGAGACGGUCAAGGUGACGGAGCCGCCGAAGCGACAAGGUGGAUCCAAGGUCGAAAGCGUGGCAGAACUGGUAGAGAAGCUCAAAGAGGCUGGGGUGGCCUGA